AAACAGACGACUUAAAAAAUUUCCAAGUCCAAGAAUUCUUUUAAUGGCUAGUAACCAGCAACCAACAUUGAAGAACCAUAUAAAGGGACCACUGUUAAUCCUGUUUUUCAACACAUAACUUCUUUCAACUUUAUAUCUUGGAUAUUUGAGAAAGGGUGAUUCAAACAGCAAUGACUGGAGAAGUUAAAGAACAGUGGGUUUCCAGUGUGGUCAGUUAUUCAUCACAGUAUAACAAUGGGAAUUGGGCAGCAGAUAGUGUAAUAGGCAAACCUAGAGUGUACCCAAAAUAUGGUGAUAUUCCUGGAGCAUGGGCUCAAAGAUUAAAAGAUUCAAAACAGUUUAUUGAGGUGGAAUUUGAACAAGAAAUGUACAUACAAAAGAUAGAAAUAUAUGAGACCUACCAUGCUGGGGCUGUGAAAACAAUUUCUGCAAGGAAACCCAACAAUGGUUAUGAAGUUAUAUGGAAAACAAAAUCAGUCACUAACAUAAAUAGCAGCAGAAUAUUUUCACCCAAUUUUAAGGCACUUUCCUAUCUAUGUAAGGUUUUGAGGAUUGAUAUAGACUGCUCAGCAUCAAACUCAUGGGUGGAAAUAGAUGCUGUUAAAAUUACUGGAACAGUACCACAUACUCACAACCAGACAGCACCUUUGCCAGCUAUCAAUAGUCAGCCAGUUCAUAACCCUAACAAUGUUGACCAGUGGGUAUCCAGAGUGGUUAACUAUUCUUCACAAUAUGAUGAUAAUUCGUGGCCUGCAUCUUGUAUUGAUGGAGAACCAAGAGUAUAUCCAAGGUAUGGUGAUAUAGCAGGAUCGUGGGCUCAGAGGACCAAGGAUGCCAAUCAGUUUGUUGAGGUAGAAUUUGCAGAAAAGAUUUUCAUAGAAAAAAUAGAUAUUUAUGAGACAUAUCAUGCAGGAGGAGUGAAGAAAAUUUUAGCCAAACGACCAAAUGGAGAGUGGUAUACCGUAUGGGAGACAGCAAGGGUUAUAUGUCAGAACAGCAGUAGGAUAUUUUCACCAUCAUUUCAGAAAUUGAGUUUUCCAUGUAACCUACUGAGAAUUAAUGUUGAUUGUACUGUCUCUGGAUCAUGGGUAGAAAUUGAUGCUAUUAAAAUCUCAGGAACUAAGUUCAAUUUUGCCGUCCCACCAGCACCAGAUGAUAUCACAAAUGAUUUAGCCAAACUUGUCAAUAGUUCAAUGUAUAGUGAUAUCCAGUUUGAUGUAAAUGGAGUUAAAUUCCUUGCUCACAAAGCCAUCUUGUGUGUCAGAUCAGAAUACUUCAGGGCUAUGGUUCAUUUUGAAGAAAAUGCUUUAAAGGCUGGUGGACAAGAAACAAAACAACCUACUGCCCCUCCCCUACAAUCUGAAGCAGUGUACCCACCUAAACAGUUGUAUAAUGCACCCCCAUCUUAUGAUUCUCUUGCUCAGUACCAACCUGUGAUACCCUCUGUACCAGUGCCUGGACCUGCUCAAUAUCACCAACAACAAACACAGGCUCAGUCACCAAUCAAAUUGAAGGAUGUGGAGCCAGGUGUAUUUGCUGUUGUAUUACAUUAUGUAUACACAAGCAGAAUUCGACCACAGUGUUCACCACAUGUUCUACCACAUGUCUGGAGGGUGGCUGAUAGAUUUUCUAUGGAUGGUUUGAAGGCCCUGGCAGUCUUACAACUGAGUACUUCAUUAACAAUUGACAAUGUUAUAGAUAUUUAUCUGAAUGUGAUACAUGCACUUCCUGUUAGUGAUAACAUGAAAGAUGUGUGUGAACUUUUUAUGCAGAAUCAUAUGGCAGAGGUUGUGAGACAUAGAACAUUUAUGAGUUUGAACAAACAACUGGUGGCAGAAUUAACAAGGAAAAUGGUUGGCAAAUAAAAUUGAUAGGUAUAGCAAAGAAUCUUAAACAAUGCUGUUCGGUGUGGGCCAAUGCUCUGGGUUGAAGACAGUUCUUUGACCUAUAAUGAUUUACUUUUACAAAUUGUGACUUUGACGGAGAGUUGUCUCAUUGGCACUCAUACCUCAUCUUCUUAUAUCCACAUAGAGUUAGAUUCAUUCUUUUUAAAAUUAAUUGAACUUCGUUUUUGGAGCAUUUAGUCUUGGAUGAAAAUGUCUUAAGGGGGAAUGAAAGAUUAUAUUUCUAGACCUAAGGAUUUGCAAGAUUCUGAUAAAUAUAUUGAUUUGAUUUUAGAUUAAAAGAUAAACACAGCAACAUUUAUGACUAUAAAACCACUGAAGGUCUUAAUUAAGUCAGAGUUAUAUAGAAUAAGAAAAUUAAUGUUAUUAUUAUUACACUUAUAUUGAAUAACAGAUGCUGUAAAUACAAAUUAAGGAUUAGAAAUAGUAAUAGUAGAUUUUGACAUUAAAUUCAAUCAAUAAAUGAUAUUGAUACAUCAUGGAUGUUACCAUUAGAUUUUCAAUUAUUGCGCACCCUAUUGAACCUUUCCAUAGAUUCACCUGAUAGUUAC